AUGAAGCCCUCCAGGGUAUGGCUGCUGUUUGCAGUCUACUUCCUCUUCACCGGCUCGACCAUCGCAAUGGACCCCGAAGAUCGCGACCCAAAAGACAUCAAAGCGAGCGAGGUCUUCGAAAUGAUUCCUGCCGGCAAACCAGGCUCGUGUGCAAACCAGCCCAUUGACCAGAUCGUCCAGGAAGCAGCCCUCCUCGCGCAAAAUGCUGUCAGGGCACUUGAAAAACUUGUUUACUCUUCUAGCGUCCCGGCCAACGACGAAAACGAGAAGAUAUUGAACAUGGCCUAUGUUUCAUUCGGAGCGCGAUAUGAUAUAGACAUGAGCUGUGAAGGAGAUACUGAUGAGAAUGACGACGAGUUGGCACCUUUAAAAAUCAAGAAUAGGAAAAGCAGCCUGAAGAUGGGCGAGAAGCUCUCAAAACUGGAAUGUGGCGAUGGAGACCUGAGAAAGGUGACCACCCUGGGAGAUCUGGGGCUGAAGCCCAAAGACAAAACAAUCAAGCAGUGGAGGGAGGAAAAGGACCCACAACGAAAGAACAGCGAGAAAGAUGUGGACGGAUACUACCUCCAUAAAUACUUCUCUCCACUGAUCAAGCGAGGGAUGUAUAAUAUAAGAGAGGCCGUGUUGAGCUUCACCAACAAGCCGGGAGAAUUUGCAAAGCGCAGCCCAUGCGAAAGCCUUGGAGGCUAUUAUUCUGGCAACGCCAAUCUUAUCUUGUUGUGUGAUGAGGUCUUCCAGCUGAAAACUCUUGAACAAGCAAUCAAGGAUCAAAACCAUGUUAAAGAGGAACCGGAUAUGGAUCAUCAACUAGAUGCCCAGGACACAUCUAGUGCCGUGUUAUUACAUGAGGUGAUACACAAGGUGAAUAGGCGAGCCUUCGACAAGAAGCGUGCAGAGGAUACAGUGAUUAAUGCAGAUAACUACAAGAUGUUUGCAAAAGGAAUUACCUUAAGCAAGAUUAACUGGUAUCCGAAAGGGUAUGAUGAUAAUGUUGGACUCUAA